AUGUCAAAUGAGACCAACUUUCUUCUUCUGGGAUUCUCUGAUAUUCGGGAGCUGCAAAUUUUACACUUUGUGAUAUUUCUUCUGAUUUAUUUGGCUACUGUCAUGGGAAAUCUACUCAUAAUCAUACUCAUAACCCUCAACCGUCAACUUCACACGCCAAUGUACUUUUUCUUGAUGAAUUUAUCCAUCGCAGACAUUGGCAACAUCUCCAUCAAUGUCCCCAAAGCCAUGAGCAACUCCCUCAUGAACACCAGGUUGAUUUCAUAUCCAGAAUGUGUUUCCCAAGUCUUUUUCCUCAUCUUCUUUGCAGUGACUGACCUGGUCCUCCUCACAGUCAUGGCUUAUGAUCGAUAUGUCGCCAUCUGCAAUCCACUACGAUAUGAGACAGUGAUGAACAUGAGAGCUUGCAUCCAAAUGGCAGCCAGUGCAUGGAUGACUGGCCUUUUCAAUGCUAUGUUACACACUGGGGGCACAUUUUCCAUCGCUUUCUGCUCCAACGUUCUCAACCAGUUUUUUUGUGAAAUCCCACAAUUGCUGAAGCUCUCCUGUAAUGACAAUUAUAUGACAGAAGUUGGGAUCAAUGUAUUUGCAGCAUGUGAAGCUUUCGGUUGCUUUAUCUUCAUAAUCUUUUCUUAUGUUCAGAUUUUCACCAACGUACUAAGAAUCCCCUCAGUGCAAGGGAAGAAGAAAGCCUUAUCUACCUGCUUGCCCCACCUCAUUGUUGUCUCCUUAUUUAUCUGCACUGGCACCCUUGGCUAUUUGUGCCCAACUCAAAAUGCCCCCAAAGAUCUGGUCAUGAUGAUUUCUGUGUUAUAUUCUAUGUUGCCACCCAUGAUGAAUCCAGUGAUUUAUAGCAUGAGAAACCAAGAGAUCAGAACCGCACUGUCAAAACAUUUUGGAUGGAAACUUUGUUCCAAGCAUCAAAUGAAAAUCAUUUUGUAA